UGCGAUAAAACCAGAUGAGAUAGCAAGCGUCGACGGACUGUCAGAGUAGACACAAAACUUAGUGCUGGGCCCGAGCCCAUUUCCGAAUAAAAUUAUUAACUAGUGCGAGCUCUCACCUUCCGCCCGUCAUCCGGAACGAGUCAGCACCUCAAAAGAUAACAAUUUUGAUUGAACGCGCAAUAUGGCGGAGGUGGUAGAGGAGCUGCCCGCAGCAGCCGCCGCCUCAUAUGCGGACGAUGUCGGUGCUUCUGUUAUUGUUGAGCCUGUAAUAGGAUUGCCCCUCACUGUCAAUGGCACGGGCAGAACCCUUCCACCGGCAGCUAUGAAAUUCGCCGAUCUCACAGAGAGUGGCAGCGAAAGUGGCGACGGCGACGGCGACGGCGACGGUGAAGGCGAAGGCGAUAGCAGUGCCAACGCCAACAGCAACAGCAACGGCAACGGGGAGCCGGGCACCAGUGCAUCGGGCAGUGGCCGGACCUCGCCACCGCCCAACUGUGCCAUCUGCCUGUCGCGCUGCAGGCGAAAAUGCUUCACCGACUCGUGCAUGCAUCAGUUUUGCUUCAAGUGCCUCUGCGAAUGGAGCAAGGUGAAAGCCGAGUGUCCGCUGUGCAAGCAGCCCUUCAAGACGAUCAUCCACAAUGUCCGCACACUGGAUGACUUCGACAGCUAUCCGGUUCAGAACUCAUCACCGCCCAUACAAGAUCACCAUCCAGCGCUGCGCUUUCAAGUUGUACGACGUCCCAGGUUCAUGCCGCUGGUGCAGAACCGGUCGUCGAUGACGAACGACCUGGACGGCGCGGCGGCUGGUGAUGAUUCACAGGAUGGCCUGCCCACUGCUGAAUCGUCGGGUGGCCGCCACUCGUACAAUCGCUUCGAACCGUACCGCAUGGAGUUGAUGAAUUUCUAUCGUCACGACCAGGAUCCCGCCAUCUCGGGCAGUUCCCUGAGCCAGCUCUGGCGGCGCUACGUCUAUGAUCGCAAGCUAUAUGCUCUGCCAAUCAGUGAUAGCCUCACCGGCCACUUCCGCGAGUGGAGUGCUCGUUUCUACGGAAACAAUCAGAUGCGCCGCCUGAUGCCGUGGAUACACCGCGACAUUGUGUGCCUGCUGAGAAAUGACGCGCACAGUGUCAGCACCGUGAUGCAGUUGAUGCACGACAUGCUGCCCUUGACGAACAUACUGGGACCCACAUUCCGGCGCCGAUUGUCACCGUUCUUGGGCGAGCGGACCAGUCACUUCAUCCACGAGCUGGCUAACUUCGCCCGCUCCCCAUUCGACAUGAUUGGGUACGAUCAUGUGGUCCAGUACUCGGCCCGUGUUGCGGAGGAGGUGGAAGUGGAUCUGCUAGACAUGGUCGAAACGCAGUCGUCCAACGAGAGUGACUUACAUUUGGAGGUGGGCGAUGGGGAGACUGCGAACGCCGAGUCCUCCAACGACUGGAACGCACCCAACGAUCGUCCGUCCACCAGUGUGAUUGUGACCAAUCCCGGUGCCACACAUUCCUUCAGCGUGACAAUGAACAGCGAUGGCAGCGAGCUACCAGGUGUACGGCGUACCACCACCUCAAACGUCGGCUCCCAGACGGUGGCCAUCAACUUGAGCAUGCGGCGUCCGGCCAGCGAGUCGGAAGUGAUCGAGAUCGAUGACGGCGAUGCCGCUGCCAAUGCCGAGGUGGCCGCCAUCAACGAUGGCAGCAACACAAACAGGCGCCAAGCCGGCGCCAGCAUCCCGAUUAGUGCCCACAUUGAGCUGGAAAGCAGCAGCAACUCCAGCGAUGAUGAUGAGUGUGUCUUUGUGCUGGAACUGAAGCCGCCGCAUUUGCGGACCCCCGAGCAGGUGACCCUCGACUCCAACAGCGACUCGGACGUUGUAUUUGUGAAUGAAGAGAAUGAGAGUGCGUCGGCCACCCAGCGUCCGUCAGCCACAGCAACAGCCGUAAAUGAUGCGGAAGAGAACGAGGCUCAAACGGCCGAUCAUGGCCUAUACAUGGGUCCCAGUACAAGCGCUGCCGCCAGCAAAGGCAAAAACUGGAAGCAGUGCUACGACUACGCACGUCGUCAGGAUCUUUUACGCAUCGCUGGCUCCACACGACCCAAACGCACCAGCAAUCCUCCUCGUCUCAUUCCCCCAGUUAGCCAAAGCAACAGUUCGAGCAGUAGCAGCAGCAGCUUCUGCAGUAGCACUGCCACACCAAUGGGUGCCCACCAGUGGAGCACGAGCAGCGACGACAGCAGUGAAAGCAGUGGCAACAGUAGCGAAGCGAGUGAACCCAAAAAAAAGAGUAGCAGUGACGACUCGGACGAUGGCAGCCCGGAACUAAAUCUUCAGCUAAGCGCCUUGCGGGCCGCUUUGCGUUCGGAGGCAGCGUUGGAGGAUCGAAAGCCGCUCGAGCUGGAGCUGCAUAUGGCGCAUGAGGAGGAGCGAGAGCAGGAACAGCAGCCACAGGCGCCACAGGGGAUUAUGGAUCAGCAGUCGGAGGAAACGCAGCCAGAGUGCAGUGCGCCGAAGCGUCGUCGCAGCUGUAGCAACAGUAAUCUGUCCAGCCACAGUGCCAGCGUAGCGAGCAGCACCACAGCCAGCUCCAGCUCGGCUCUGAGCUCCUUCAACUGGCAGGCAACGAGCUAUGCGAGUGACCCUCUGGUGCGGGGCAGUGGCACCACCGACGUGCACGACAUAGCCCACUCACUGAUUGAACUGUCCACGCUGACGCAUGAAAGAAACGCCGGGGACGGGGCAGACGUGGACGUGGGCGUGGACGUGGACGUGGACGGAGGCGUCAGUGGAGGCUUGUUCAAUGAUCAGUCGAGUGGAGUCGAGGUUGCGAUUAGCUUUAUACGCCAUGCACUGCCUAACACUGCCAAUAGCCUAGAGGACAAUGUGCAUCUGGGACUGUACUCGGACGUGGACACAGAACCUUUGGUGGAAGCAGAUGCGGAUACUGCCACAGCCACCGAAGACCAGGAGGAAGAUGAAGACGAUGAUGAUGAUGAAAAUGAAAAUGAAGAUGAGGAUGAAGACGACGAUGAUGACGAUGAUGAUACCAACCUACCUAUGUAUAAGCAAAAUUUAUUGAAAUGUUAUGAGAACGACGAUGAUGAUCAUGAGGGUAAUGAUAAUGAUAACGACAAUGAGGAGGACGACGACGAUGACGACGACGAUGAUGAUGAUGAUGAUGAUUAGCAAGAUUAGCGAGAGGAGCAGAGCAACGAUGCAAUGUUCGAUGCUGCCUUGACGUUGGCGUCUCUAGCAUAAGCUUAUUACUCUAAAAACUGUUCUCCUAUUUUGAAUCGUUAAAUAUAUUGACCUUGUCCGCUAUA